AUGUCUUUGGAGAGUCCUCAUAAACCAUGUGUGUGUGUGUGUGUGUGUGUGUUCUUCAGUUACUCCGUGACCGUGCAGGAGUCGUAUGCUCACCCGUUCGAUCAGAUUUACUACACCAGCUGCUCAGACAUCCUCAACUGGUUCAAAUGCACUCAGCACAGGGUGAGCUACAGAACGGCUUACCGCAGAGGAGAGAAGACCAUGCACCGCCGCAAGUCUCAGUGCUGCCCGGGAUUCUACCAGAGCAGAGACAGAUGUGUUCCCCACUGUGCUGAGAAGUGUGUGCACGGCCUCUGCGUGGCCCCCAGCAGCUGUCAGUGUGAGCCGGGCUGGGGAGGGCCCGACUGCUCCAGCGCAUGUGACGGUGAUCACUGGGGCCCGCACUGCAGCAGCCGCUGUCAGUGUAAGAACGGGGCGCUGUGUAACCCCAUCAGCGGAGCCUGCAUCUGUGCUCCAGGGUACCGCGGCUGGCGCUGCGAGGACCUCUGCGAACGCUACACCUACGGCAACAACUGCCAACAGAAAUGCCUGUGCCAGAACAACGCCUCGUGCCACCACAUCACAGGAGAGUGUGUUUGCAGCCCCGGAUACACGGGAGCGUUCUGUGAGGACCUGUGCCCUCCAGGGAAACAUGGGCGGCAGUGUGAGGAGCGCUGUCCCUGUCAGAACGGCGGCGUGUGUCAUCAUGUGACUGGAGAAUGCUCCUGCCCCACCGGCUGGAUGGGAAUGGUGUGUGGACAGCCGUGUCCGGCAGGACGCUUUGGGAAGAACUGCUCACAGGAGUGUCAGUGUCAUAAUGGAGGAAGCUGUUCUCCGUCUACCGGACAGUGCGUGUGUAGCGCAGGAUACACAGGAGAGAGAUGCCAGGAUCAGUGUCCAGUUGGCUCGUACGGUGUGGGCUGCAGACAGGCGUGUAGCUGUGUGAACGGUGCCCAGUGCUAUCAUGUGAGCGGAGAGUGUCUGUGUGAGCCGGGAUACACGGGUGAGAGCUGCGAGGAGCGCAUCUGUCCGGAGGGGCUGUACGGUCUCAAGUGUGACAGGAGGUGCCCGUGUCACGCCAGUAACACACGCAGCUGUCAGCCCGUGUCGGGUGAGUGCUCGUGCCGGCUGGGCUGGUCGGGCUUGUACUGUAACGAGACGUGUGCUCCUGGUUUAUACGGCGAGGCGUGUCAGGAGGUCUGUCGCUGUCAGAACGGAGCCGACUGCCACAGCGUGAGCGGGGAGUGUGUCUGCGCGCCCGGAUUCAAGGGCUCAGAUUGCUCCACUCCCUGUCCCGCCGGCACCUACGGCAUCAACUGCAGCUCUGUGUGCUCGUGUAAGAACGCAGCCGCUUGCUCACCCAUCGACGGAUCCUGCUCCUGUCAAGCAGGGUGGCAUGGGGUGGACUGCUCCAUUAACUGCCCCAGCGGCUCGUGGGGUCUGGGCUGUAACCUGAGGUGUGUGUGUGGUAACGGAGGCGCCUGCAGUGCUCUGGAUGGGAGGUGCACCUGUGCUCCAGGCUGGAGAGGAGACAGAUGUGAUCAACACUGUCAGGACGGGACGUAUGGCCUGGACUGUCGCGAGCGCUGUGACUGCAGUCAUGCAGACGGGUGUCACCCCUCGACCGGACACUGCCGCUGUCUGGCUGGAUGGACAGGCAUUCAUUGUGACAGUGUGUGUGCUGAGGGCCGCUGGGGGCCCAACUGCUCUCUGUCCUGUAACUGUAAGAAUGGAGCGUCGUGUUCACCGGACGAGGGUGCAUGCGAGUGCGCACCUGGAUUCAGAGGAACCACCUGCCAGCGCAUCUGUUCUCCGGGUUUCUUUGGCCACCGCUGUAGCCAGGCCUGUCCGCACUGCGUCCACAGCAGUGGCCCCUGUCACCACGUGACUGGCCAGUGUGACUGUCUGCCCGGGUUCAAAGGGGCGCUCUGCAACGAAGUGUGUCCCAGUGGCAGGUUCGGUAAGAACUGUGCAUGGAGCUGCACCUGCACUAAUAACGGCACGUGUAUCCCCAUCGAUGGCUCGUGUCAGUGUUACCCCGGCUGGAUCGGCAGUGACUGCUCACAGCCAUGUCCUCCGGGUCAGUGGGGUCCCAACUGCAUCCACACCUGUUACUGUCACAACGGGGCGUUCUGCAGUGCUUAUGACGGCGAGUGUAAGUGUACAGCCGGCUGGACGGGGCUGUACUGCACACAGCGCUGUCCACUAGGUUUCUACGGUAAGGACUGUGUUCAGGCGUGUCAGUGUGAGAACGGCGCAGACUGCAAUCAUAUCUCCGGUCAGUGCACCUGCCGCACCGGCUUCAUGGGACGCCACUGUGAACAGAAAUGUCCCGCGGGUACAUACGGAUACGGGUGCCGGCAGGUGUGCGACUGUCUCAAUAACUCCACCUGUGAUCACAUGACUGGCACCUGCUACUGUAAUCCCGGCUGGAAAGGCACACGCUGUGACCAAGCCGGCGUGAUCAUCGUAGGGAAUCUCAACAGCUUGACGAGCGCCGCUGUGCCUGUGGACUCGUAUCAGAUCAGUGCGAUCGCAGGAAUCAUCGUUCUGGUGCUCCUCGUUCUCAUCCUCCUCCUCCUCUUCAUCAUUUACCGCAAGAAACAGAAAGGAAAAGAAUCCACGAUGCCUGCGGUCACGUACACACCUACCAUGAGGGCCAACACCGAUUACGCCAUCGCAGAGUCGCUCCCGCAGACUGACGUCAUUCCCAACAGUAGCUAUUUCUCCAACCCCAGCUAUCACACACUGACCCAGUGCAGCAGCCCUCCUCACGCCAACAACCUGCCCUAUGGAGAGCCGAAGAACAAUCAGUUGUUUGUGAACCUGAAGAACGCAGAGCCGAGGAAACGUCUUUCCCUGCUGGAUCACACAGGAACUCUACCGGCCGACUGGAAACAAGGAGGAUCCUUCAAUGAGCUCGGAGCCUAUGGAGUUGACAGGCGUUACAUGGGAAAGUCACUUCGAGAUCUGGUGAAGAGCGUGCCCUAUCACGCCAGCUCCAGCUCUCUAAACAGCUCAGAGAACCCAUACGCCACCAUCAAAGACCCUCCUCUGCUGCUGACCAAGAGCUUGGAGUGCGGCUAUGUGGAGAUGAAGUCUCCCGCUCACAGAGACGCGCCGUACGCUGAGAUACACUCCUCCAGCCCUGCCAACAAAAACGUCUAUGAAGUUGAGCCGACCAUCAGUUCUGUCCACACAGUCUUUAACAACAACUGCAACGGGCCAUUUGGUCAAGAUCCAUAUGACCUGCCAAAGAACAGCCACAUCCCAUGUCAUUAUGACCUGCUGCCCACGAGAGACAGCAGCCCCUCGCCCCUCGAGGACACGGACAGCAAAGAAACAGCCACAGACUUCACUAACGGACCAUAAACCUCUGCACUUCCACAGCACUCCAUUCACGCUUCCAUAGCUGUCUGUGUUGACAUUCGAGUUCUUACAGUAGCUCUUGUCAAGUCGACUUAGUCUUAUCCAGAGUCCUGUGGAGUGUUUCAGCGGAGGUGCAAACAUUUGUAAUCUUCAUAAACGAAUCAUUCCAUUCAUUAAUAACAUUUCACACAAAUACAGGACAAUCCUUUAUGUUUCCCUUCAAAUAUGUCAGAUUAUUCCCAAUGACAGUUUUCCAUUUUUCAUUAUGAUAUUUAGGAUAUUAGUACUGUUUAUUGAGACUGGACUAUCAGCUCGGUGUUUCUAUUAUUGAAUUUUUUUUUUUUUUGUCCGAAAACAUUUCAGGUUUACCAAAGGUUGACGUGCCCUGAUAAAGCACCAUUUGUGUUGCAUUUAUAUUGACAGCGCCCAUUAAGUUUAGUUUACAGUUACACGUUUUAACAUUAGCAUCAUUUUGGCUUGUGCCUUUUGAUUUCAGUCCUAUAAAACGUGAUCACUGAAAUGAAGGGCAGAUACUUUAGUGCAGGUAGUUUUUAGUAAGCUAAAGCUGGACUUUUGCGAAGAAAGACAAAUCUUUAAGAUGAUGUGAUGGGGUCAGUUUGAUAGGAAUACAUCUGUGGAGUAUUUAGGACGUGCAGUGAGUCUUAAAGCACUCUGAGCCUGAACUUUAAUUGUAUAAAACUGUACAUACUGUAGUACCAGUUCUUUUAUGAAUUGCAUUUAUUUCCUUUAAAAAUGUAACAUAUUCCUAAAUUCCUCUGUAACUUGACCAAUACUGUGUAAAACAGGACAUGCAGUGAAGACUCUGCCUUCACUGACUGGACCUCAAUAUACUGGUUUCCUUUUUUUACUGUACUAAAUAUGCCACACAAAGAAAUGAUUAAUAAUACUGAUUUCAAAAACAACAGAGUGUGAGUGUGUGCUGUAUGUAUCUUAAAACUGUACCUUUGUUUUGCU